UGGUCACAAAAAAACAUAAAUCACCCCCAGAAAAUGCGCGUCUAUAAUAAAACUGCGGAAUUAAAAAACCCGCGGAACGUAUAUAUGGAGCGCUGUCCCUCUCCGGACUGUUUAUGCGGACGGACGUGUGUUUGUUUGGUUUUGCGGCGGCGUUGAGCUGAGCUGUGGCUUCUCCGACUAAAAAUAAAACCUACAACUCUGCUCAAUAAACACCGUGAAGUUAUAUUUUAUCAACGAUGAUUGAGAAAUAUGGCCGAGGACGAACUUGCUGCGUUCAGGGAGCGUUGGAAAGAAGAGUUAACGAGCAGUAAAGAGAAGCAGGGACUUGUUUGUGCUCCGUCCACUUCCUGCAGCCAUUCAGGACAGAAAGACUUAAAAAAUAGCUACUUUGAAGACCUAAAAAAUCUCAACUGUAGUUCUGAAAAACCAGAAGACACUGGUUGCACCGCUGGAGGAGAAGAAACAGCUGCAGCAGAGUCAGAGGACCAGCCCGAGUAUGUGUCCAUUGCACGCAGUCUGCUGGACGGGAGGACCAGUCCUCUGCUGGACAGGAUUGAGCAGGAGAGGACCAGGAGGAAGAGACAAUAUCACAACACCACCAACGCCUGCAGAGUGUCCCUGCAGCAGCAACAACAGCAGCCUCAGAGAAAAGUCAAGAAGGACGAGGAGCUGCUGGAUCAACUCAUUCAGGAUCUGAAUGAAGUCAACGACAUUCCCUUCUUCGAUAUUGAGCUGCCGUACGAGUUAGCCUUGAAGAUCUUUGAGAAUCUCAACUGUGCUGAGCUGGGCAGGUGUGCUCAGGUGAGCAGGGCGUGGAGAGUCCUUGCAGAGGACAGCGUUCUGUGGUUCAAGAUGUGCACGGGGGAGGGUUACCAGCAGGACGCCAGCGUGUCUGACUCCCCCUGCUGGAAGAGCACGCUGCGAGACUGCAGGAACUCGGCCAAGACUGUGCGCUCCAACUGGAAGAACCGAGUGGGAUCCAUCAGCCAGCUGCAGUUCGAGCUGGGGAAGGUUCUCUGUGACGUCAGCUCCUGUGACAACUUCGUCUUGGCUGGGUACACGUCUGGUGAUGUGCGUCUGUGGGACACGCUGCACUGGGACUCCACGGCGUCUCACCUGAAGACUAACAGCCUGUCUGCCAACAUCGUCCCCAGGCCUCAUGUUAGCCACGUCCAGGUCAACGCCACAGUGGCUGCUGCUGCUUAUGAAGAUGGCUGUGUGGACGUGUGGAGCACAGAGACGGGUGGAGCGCCCCUCCACCACUACCAGAGCCCCGGGAGGCUCCAGGCUCUGGCCCUGAGCCCCGACAGCCCCGUCCUCGCCUCCGCCGCUGGGCCCGACGUCCGGCUGGACGCCACGGACGACCGCGGCUACUGGAGGACGAUCCGCCAGGCUCGUCUGCCCAAAACUGUGGAGAGUCUGGUCCUGGUGCCGGGCCGGGAGCAGCAGUGCCCACUGGCAGCUCUGGCAGCUGGAGACGCUGUGUACCUGUUGGACCCUCAGGAGGAGAAGGAGGAGGAGGAGCAGGAGGAGGCGACACGGACGCUGCACUCGGUCUACGGUCAUCCUGUCACCUGCCUGGACGCCUCCCACUCCCAGGUUGCGUUUGGAGUGAAGCGAUCGGGCUGGGCCAUGCACGACGGAGGAAACAAGAUCCAUGUCUACAGCCUCGAGACGUGCAAACCUGUGGCUUGUGUCGGCGACUCGCUGGGAGAUUUCACUUGCAUCAACCUGAGAGACAGCCCUCCACACCUGCUGGUGUGUGGAAACAAAGACAGAAGGGUGAGGGUGUUCGAUGUCCGAGCCGGGACCUCCGUGGCGUCCCUGUACGCCCACCACCUGGGCGUCACCUCGGUGCAGGCGGACGACUGGAAGAUCGUGAGCGGCGGAGGAGAGGGACUGGUGUGUGUGUGGGAGAUGAGGAUGGGAGCCAAGCUGUGGGAGAUGCACAACAGGCAUCCUGUACGGCAUGUACGCUUCAACAGCAGCACCCUGGUAACAGCCAACAUCCCCGACGACAAGUCGCCACGGGGGGCCUGCAUCACAGACGAUGACCUCACAGCUCACCGCAGACACAGGGGAGUGAUCUGCCAUUAUGACUUCUCUGAGGACGCUCUGUCUCAGGACCACAUCCUGCCCAUCUGCAGGUCCGACUACAUCGAGUCUUCCGGCUACAACUACAACAUCGGGCUGGCCGUGCCGUACGACCGGCUCUCUGGCUCUCAUCCGUCUCACUGACACACAGCUUUCUGAACGGACAAUAGAAACUUUUACCAUUUAUCAGUUUGAUUCUCCAAACUGUAUGUUUUUAUUUAAUUAGUUUCCCUUUUUCAUCUUUGUCAAAUCAUGCUUUUUUGAUGUAUUUUAUCUGUAAUUGUUGGUAUUUGUACAAUGUUGAAGCUGACCAGAUGUUGUAAAGGAUCACAAAAUUGUAAACAAAUACUAUUUUAAUUGAUAUUUGGCUUCCUGUGCAUCAUUACAGCAAU